GCUCUCCUCUUCUUCUUUUUCUUCAUCCGGUUAUCAUGAUCCCAAUUCGGGGUGUGAUUGAUCAUGUCUGAAUUGGAUGCUCGUCAGGCGCGGCCCAGCCCUGCGUGCGUGCGCGCGCGUGUGUGUGGAGUCAAGUGAACAUCGUCGCAAGGUCGCGCGCGCCUUCCGCCCGUUACGCAGGCGCGUGAGAGGUGACAAGGUGGUGGGUGGUCGUCUUUGCUUUUGAGUGAGGAAGAUGCUGAUUGGAGGAGUCGCAACGACACAACCGCAUUUCCAUGGACUCAUCACUGGAAAUCGUAGAGCUCCGCGAGCUGCCGAACGCUAACAAGGCAAGCGACGUUUGCCGAGGAUUCCGCAAUGCUUCCUACCAGCCCGACCAUGAGCAACAACGGCACCAGGAGGUGACGGGUUGCUCUCCGACCACCUCAAGAAGCUGCAAGGACUCGGCCGUUCCGCCUUGCGACGAUGAGGACGACGACGACAACGCGGUCCGGGAUGCCAAUGCUGACUGGACCGCACCGGGCGGCGGCGGCGGCGGUCGCCGCUCGUCCGACGCGGGCCUGGCUUUGGCCGUGGUGUUGCUGUUGAGCGGCGUCUCGCUGGUCCUGGUGGCCUACGCCAUCCCCAGGGAGGCCCGCGUGGACCGCGACGCCGUGCCGGCCCGGCAGAUGGAGCAGCUGGAGCUGUACUACGCCCGGCUGGGCUCGCACCUGGACAAGUGCAUCAUCGCCGGCCUGGGGCUGCUCACCCUGGGCGGCGUCUUCCUCUCCUUGCUCCUCACGGCCUCCGUGUGCCGGGGCCACGCCAUCUUCCUCCCGCAUCGCCGCCGGCGGGCGCCCUUCCUCCGGCCCAAGCGGACGUACGGCUCCGUCAACAUGAGGAUGAAGCAGCUCGCCGCCGGGGAGGACCCGCCGGCCGAGACCGAGCAACCGGGACCGGCGCCGCCGGCCGAGUGACGCCUCGGCCGGCAAAGCGACUUGGCCGCGAGCUUCGCCGGCGCGGGGCCAAUACAUGACGUCGGGCGGGCUAAAAGGUCUUGGGACGCCCGCCCGCCCGCUGCGAG